AUGGCUAGGGACAGAACUUCCUGGGAUUGCCUACCUCCCGAGAUUCGCAACGAGAUUAUUGGUCUCCUGCCAAUUCUCGGCGGGAGGUGCAGUCAGCUCGUGACCGUUUCCCAAGUUUGGCAAUCAAUUAUCGAGCCGCUCAACUUUGCUGAGAUCAGCCUGACGGUACCGCGCCUUGCCGACCUCAAUUCUCAAGCUAUUCUGUUCCGAAAGAGAAACCAGAUUCGCUAUAUCUGGUUUCGGGUGGAACUGAAGCAGUACGAUUGCAGACAAUGUGCGAACACUGACCGGGACCGUUGGGGCAUGGACAAUAUCGACAACCAAUUCAUUGUGGAUGCGUUUGAAAGCCUGUUCAUGACACUGAGCGCAUGGGAGCCUCGUGGUGACUUGGUCCUCGAUAUCAGUGUCUACUCGCCCAGUGACAACCAGCACUGGUUCAAGUACCUAAGCUUCUGCUCAGACACCAACCUAGGCGAGUGCCCGUCUCGCCAUGGACACGAACAAGGAACCACCCUGAUGAAUGACCCGGCUCAUGGCUGGGUUGCCGGACAGCAGGUCCUUGCUCCUGAUCGACUCGCCAUCGAACUUGCAUUUGCAGAGAUCAUGGGCGAGGGGCCAUUCGACGACGAGGAACCUGAGAUGCAGUGGUGGCGGGGUCUCCCCUUCGUACCCGUCGUCGGGGUCGUGCUCCUUCGCCAGCAGACCCGCCGACGAUGGAAGCCGGUUGCGCUCGCCAAUAUGCUCACGCGGUUCCCAAACAUGAAGGAACUUUGUUACGAACCCUGGAGAGAGUGGACUCAAAUUGAGACGCAAACCGACAAACGCACCCAGACGCUGAUCGAAUCCUUUCCCUCGACGGAAUUGUGUAAGCUAACGAUAUUCGAGAACUUUAACGAGGCUUACCCAGAAAGAUUUUCCCACACUCCUGCUAUCAGGGUGCCGAACCCGGCUGUGAGCCAGAAACUUGCCCACGCCAGCCUGCACCUCACGAUGCUAUCCGCCUCUUUCAUGGCCGACGCCGGUCACUUCUUCGCAGCGCGUCAAGAUUCAUGGACGUGGGAUAAGCUCACUUCACUGGCGCUGACUUCGAGGGUCCUCACUGACGAUGCGGACCCCUUGGAUAUCAACAACAUGCUUCGAGACGCCGCUGCCGUAGCGCUCAAGAUGCCGAGACUUAAAACGAUGGAGUUAUGGAACGGCAGACGGGGUAUGGCAAUGCUCUUUCGCUACCAGAGGGCUCAAGAUAGGCAGCCAGCCAUCAUCACCGUACGGGGUACGUCGGAGCUUGCUUUAGGGACUACAGUUACGCAAGCUUGGGAUGUGGUCGCUCACCGGCACUGCCAUGGCAAGGUCGUCGUACAAACCUCUUCGAUCGAUCCAGAUGGGAUUCGAUGCCAUGGUGAUGCGAUCCGCCAGCUGGGACUUUCGACCGAGGUCGCUAGGCUUGUCUCGCUGCGGCAAAUCCUCAGCGAACAUCGGUUUCGGGCAUGA